GUCCCCAAAGAGUAUGUAUGCUGUGGCUGCCAUGUUUUUUGAAGCUUUCCCUAAAAACAUCAUAGAGUAGAGAUAUAUUGUAUCUCUCCUCUAUGCAAAACAUAGGGAAACUCGGUGAAACCUUACCCACUGGUUAAUACCUGGGCAUCCUGCAGGGCAUCAGGAUAUGGAGUACGCUCAAAGCCUCUUGAAACUUUCCGAAACCAUACAAUAAAUUAUACUAAAUUUCACGCACAAAGACCACGUGAACAUAUUCGUCAAACAGUCCUGUCGUCAGUAAAUGUGUUAUAAUUCAUAAUAUAAAGUCGUCUGCAGCAAUAUGCACUACCAAGACAGUUUACGCACAGAGUUGCAACACGAAAAUGACUUUGUGGCUCUGAGCCAAAAUGCUGGUAUUGACAUUCAUCCACGUGUAUUAAGGAUACUAAUGCAACUUUUGGAACUGAACGUCCACCCAUCUGUCUUGCACCUUGUUCUUCAGAAGAUCUGUGAUAAUCAUCCCUCUGGUAAACGUUCCAAGACAGGAUCCACAAAUAAUCGAUCAAAGAGUAGUACGUCUUCUCAUUCAUCAGCCAAGUCAUCUGAGAAAAUGUAAAGACUUAUUUGAUAUGAGGGUUUAUGAGUGUUUUUAAUUAAUUUUGUUUAAUUCUCAUAUUGUGCCUGAAGUUGAAAUUGCUGAUUAACCGCAAGAUUUAUUUUAAUUUUAAGAAGGUAAAUAAUUGUGCAAAAGUUAUUUCCAAUUUUGUGCAGUAAAUUGUACUCAAAUAAAAAUAAAAAGUAGAACGAAAAUGGCAUAAUCCUUUUGAAGUUCGGAUUUCCUUUUUGAAUUAUUGCCAAAGCUUUCUUUAUUGUAAUGUAAUUUUUAAAUGGAAGGUUCAGUGAAGGUACAGUGUCCCUGCCUUCAUUGACCACCUACAAAAUAAUAAGUAGGACGUGGAAGUUAAUGACGGCGUGUUUUUAUUUUGUACUUAUUUGUAUUGCAAACAUUACAUUUGCCUAUUUUAAUCUAUUGUGUUUUAUAUAGAUCAUAUUUUGGCUUGUUUUAGCUUUUUAAUUUUUUAAAUUUUAGCUCCCUAACCAAUUUUAUGUGUUUAGAUCAUAUUAUAUCAAUUUGAAACAAUUUGCUGUCCAUUUGACACAUGAAUUUUCAUGCACUGUAGGAUUUUGGGAUGACGUUCUGCUUUCCAGUAGGUAAGAGGAGUUUCAACUGUGUUUUCAAAGCAGACUGUUUGAUAAUUGAGUGGAAGACAGUACAUCAAUUCCUGAUUGCAACAGCAGAGUAAGUUCUGUAAACAAAAGCAAAUACUAACCACACUUACCCGGGGUUGGUGAUUAACACUUUUGAUCCUAAUGACGUAUGAUACAUCAUCUUCAUUUUACUGCUGUGUCUUAUGGACUUAUGUCAUACAUUCUUCUAGUUUUAUUGUCUAAAAGGCUAUAGACAUCUCUUGGACAUCCGUAGGCACUUAGAAUAUGCUUUUUGAUAUCAUUAAGAUGGUUGGAGGACAAAUGCCAAUGUGUACUUCUAUGAUUAGAUCUUCCUACUUGCAGGCAUUGUUGAUUAUGUUUAGAAUGUCUUUCUUUGUAAGUAGUGUUGAUGCUGUUAGUGAUGUAUACAGAUGUUUAGAAGACUUAAAUGUCAAAUUCACAGCGACUCUCAACAUAAGAUGCUCAAGACUUUUGGAUGUUGAUUGGUCA